AUGGCUACGUUUCGUGCGCUGAAUGCGGGGAGCAGACGCGGACGAGGCCGGGAUGCGUCCCGCGCCACCAAUUUGCCCCAUGCGGGGGAUAGCGGUAGCGGGAACGUAGCGCCGACGAGUUCGCUAGCGGCGGAUACGGAGAAGCUGUACUUUGAUAGCUACGCGAACCUAGGGAUUCACCAGGAGAUGAUCCAGGACGAGGUGCGCACGUGCGCGUACCGUGACGCGCUGAUGCGGCACGCGGAUCGGAUCCGCGGGAAGGUGGUGGUGGACGUGGGGUGCGGCACCGGCAUCCUCAGCAUCUUCGCCGCGCGCGCGGGCGCGAGGAAGGUGUACGCAAUAGACGCCAGUGACAUUGCCAUUCAUGCACAGCAGGUGGUGCAGGCCAACGGGCUGGCUGACGUCAUCACCGUCCUGCACAAGAGAGUGGAGGAGGUGGAGUUAGAGGAGAGGGCGGAUGUGCUGGUAUCGGAGUGGAUGGGCUACAUGCUGCUCUACGAGACCAUGCUGCCUGCAGUGAUAACGGCCAGGGACCGCCUGUUGAAGCCAGGAGGGCUCAUCCUGCCAUCGCAUGCCACCCUGUUCAUAGCGCCGGUGUCGUGUGAGGACCGCUUUCAGGACGGCACAGCCUUCUGGAGCGACGUGCACGGCAUCGACAUGACAGCGCUGGUACCCUUGGCAAAGCGGUGCUAUUUCUCAGACCCCUGUGUGGAGAACAUUACAGCAGAGCACGUUCUAGGGGAGCCCUCUGUGGUGAGAUGCAGGGAGAGGGGUGGACAAGGGGGAAAGACAGGGAGGACAGACAGUGGUGGGGCGGACAGACAGGGAGGGGCGGACAGACAGGGAGGGGCGGACAGACAGGGAGGGGCGGACAGACAGGGAGGGGCGGACAGACAGGGAGGGGCGGACAGACAGGGAGGGGCGGACAGACAGGGAGGGGCGGACAGACAGGGAGGGGCGGACAGACAGGGAGGGGCGGACAGACAGGGAGGGGCGGACAGACAGGGAGGGGCGGACAGACAGGGAGGGGCGGACAGACAGGGAGGGGCGGACAGACAGGGAGGGGCGGACAGACAGGGAGGGGCGGACAGACAGGGAGGGGCGGACAGACAGGGAGGGGCGGACAGACAGGGAGGGGCGGACAGACAGGGAGGGGCGGACAGACAGGGAGGGGCGGACAGACAGGGAGGGGCGGACAGACAGGGAGGGGCGGACAGACAGGGAGGGGCGGACAGACAGGGAGGGGCGGACAGACAGGGAGGGGCGGACAGACAGGGAGGGGCGGACAGACAGGGAGGGGCGGACAGACAGGGAGGGGCGGACAGACAGGGAGGGGCGGACAGACAGGGAGGGGCGGACAGACAGGGAGGGGCGGACAGACAGGGAGGGGCGGACAGACAGGGAGGGGCGGACAGACAGGGAGGGGCGGACAGACAGGGAGGGGCGGACAGACAGGGAGGGGCGGACAGACAGGGAGGGGCGGACAGACAGGGAGGGGCGGACAGACAGGGAGGGGCGGACAGACAGGGAGGGGCGGACAGACAGGGAGGGGCGGACAGACAGGGAGGGGCGGACAGACAGGGAGGGGCGGACAGACAGGGAGGGGCGGACAGACAGGGAGGGGCGGACAGACAGGGAGGGGCGGACAGACAGGGAGGGGCGGACAGACAGGGAGGGGCGGACAGACAGGGAGGGGAAUGA